UUCCCCUUGUCCCGGUGCCAUCCGGGGGGAAGAGUUUAGGCGGCAGCAAUCCCGGGAGAGAUGAAGAAGGUGGCGGUGCGGUAGCUGCUUCUCCAGGGACCUGUGGGAUUUAWGAAUAUCUCUCCUAAGAAAAUUUGCUGCUUCUACAGCUUUUCAUCUUAGUGUGCAAUUGAUGAUUUCAUUUGAAAUACCUAUUUGGAGAAAUUAAGAGUAGGCGAGGUGUAAUUGCCUUUUAAAAAUGUUAAAAGUUCAACAUUGUGUAGCAGCUGUCAAGAUUCCCAAGAAAAAGCCAUAUAUUUGUGACAUGUGCUAUAAACAAUUUGAAACUCCRUCAAAAUUAGCUAGGCAUUAUCUCAUACAUACUGGUCAAAAGCCAUUUGAAUGUCAUGUGUGCAAUAAAACCUUUAGGCAGCUAGUCCACCUGGAGAGGCAUCAGUUGACCCAUAAUCUGCCUUUUAAAUGUAUUGUUUGCUAUAGAAACUUCAAAAAUGUAAUUACUUUCUUAAAGCAUCAGCAGCUUCAUAAUGAAAAUUAUGAGAAUGAUACAAAGGAAGUGGAAAACUAUGUGAAUUCUGAGCAAGACAGGGUUGCUUGUAACAUAUUUUAUUGUUCUGUGUGCUGGAAACCUUUUACAACUGAAGAGAGGUGGAUGUUGCAUCAGUGUCUCAAGUCAGAUCAUCUACAUGGUGCCAGAAGGAGAAGGAAGAAAACUCACUCUUGUGAAUCAUGUAACAAGACAUUUCCAUCAAGAUCCAAGCUAGAAAGACACUUCCUUAUUCACACUGGCCAGAAGCCUUUUAAGUGUUCUUCAUGUGGCAAAUCUUUCAGGCAGUCAACACACUUGAAAAUUCAUCAGCUCACGCACACAGAAGAACGGCCUUUUCGGUGCUGUUUUUGUCAGAAGGGAUUUAAAAUACAGAGUAAACUCAUGAAGCAUAAACAGCUCCAUGCCAGAAAUAAGACUUUCCCCAAUAUUGUAUGCAAAGCAAAGGCUCUUAAAUAUCCUAGACCACACAACCUGUUGGAAGGAAAGAGGGAUAAUUUUGAGAAUGCUGACACACACAAGUCACAGGAGAAUGACCCACAAGAUGUGCAUUCAAUUUAUAUUGUACCCUUUCAGUGCCCAGCAUGUGAGCAGUGUUUUGAAACAGAGCAUGUUCUGAAUUUGCACAAAUGUUGUUAUUCAAGAGACAGCAGAAGUUCAAAUAAUGGUGCAAUAGCAGGCAGAUGUACAGUUAACAGGAAAAAGAAGACCAUGAUGAAAUUGAAGCAUAGUGAGGGAAAGGYACCAGAUUGUUCUCUGACGGACAAAAAAAUUAAAUCAGGUCACGUUAAAAGUCCUGACCUGGUUGCAGCUAGAGAUCAGCGUAGUGAUCAGCAUGUGUCCACUAAACCUUCCAAGGAUUGCCAGAGCAGGCGGAACAUACACAAGUCCGUCCGUAAUCGGAUGAAAAGGACAUUUGCUGUGCCAUUACCUUGGCAAGAGCACUUGCAACCUYCCGAUUUGGAUGGUAAUUUCAAAGGAGUGUGUACUGGUGAAAGCAUGUUAAACGUUGAUGAUUCACUGAGUAAUAAAGAUAAUGCUUUUUAUUGUUCAUCAAAUGAUAGUUUCUGUUAUAAUCCAGAAGUGCUUCACUGUGCUUUUCCAGCUUCUGCUAAAAAUAAACAUAACAGACACAAAGUGUGUAAAUGUGACAGAUGUGAAAAAAUGUUUCCGUCUUCAUCCAAACUUCAAAGACAUUAUCUUAUACACACGGGACAAAAGCCCUUUGGCUGUAAUGUUUGUGGGAAGACAUUUAGACAGUCAGCUCACUUAAAAAGACAUCAGCUUACCCAUACUGAAAAGAGACCCUGUAAAAGCCCCGUUUGCCAAGUAGMAUUUGAAAACCUGAACAAACUUUUCAAUCAUCAGGAAGAUCACAUUGAAUUUAAGUCUUCUCAGUCUGUGGRUUAUUCAGGUGAUCCUCAAACACCUUCACAGCCCUCUGGUUUUCCAGAAUGUGAGCUCAUUCAGUCAAACCAAGCAGCUGAAAUCAAAGUUGAAAUCGAGUCAGGGGAUUUUGUUCUUGACACCAGCAGCAGAAACCCACAGCUGUAUUUGUGCAGUAAAUUGCUGGAAUCAGAGCAAAGCUGUUACAGUUAUUGGCAUGAUUUUUCUGAAGGUACUGAAGAAAGUGAAGUUGUUAACAAAUUAUAUCAAUGCAGUGUCUGCUUUAAAACUUUUAAAUCUCCUUCUAAGCUUGAAAGACAUCACCUAAUGCAUGCUGGACAGAAACCAUUUGAAUGUUUAGUUUGUGGAAAAAAAUUCAGACAGGCCCCCCAUUUGAAAAGACAUCACUUUAUUCACUUUAAAGAGAGCUUAAAGCUUAGUUCCACUGAGGAACAAGCAGAGAAUGUAUUUGUUUUAUCUAAACCGGAUAAUGGACUAUGAAAUCAUGUUUUUAAAUGUUUUGGUUGAAUAAUUAGAAAAUACUGUAGGCUAAACAAUUUACUGAAGUGGGUUAUAUUUUCUAUUAUAGAGAUGACCUGGUAAAGUUAAUUUACUGUCUUCAGAACUGUCCACUUGAUACAAUUUGUGAGAUACUAAUGUUGAGAUGUUUUUAAAAAAUGCAACAAACCCCUCCCACACACUUUGCAUUCUUUUU